AUGCGGGCGAAGUAUUGUCGCCAGUGUCAUCCGUGUAUGGUGGGGGCGAUACAGGGCAGUUCAUAUGUGUGGCGUCGCAUGCUUCAAGUACGUGAGGUGGCAGAGCAGAACCUCUGGUGGUUGGUUCGAUCUGGUCAAUGUAAUUUCUGGUCUGACAAUUGGCUGGGCUCCGGUCCUCUGUGUCAGCGCCUAGAAAGUGUCUCGGAUCACUCAGUAGCUGAUUUUAUGAUGCGUGGACAGUGGAAUCUACAGUUGUUGCGGCGUUGGGUCCCAAAUGACAUUGUGACAGAGAUCGUUACCAAAUUGGCUCCAACGGGGUCCACGGAUGAUAGUGCAGUAUGGGGGCUGACGGAGUGGGGGGAUUUUUCGAUUGCUUCUUCCUAUGUGCUAAUCAGUAGGCAGACACCUUCCUCAUUCAUGUUUGACAAGGUUUGGCAUCCUUUGAUACCAAUCAAGAUAUCGUUUUUCAUGGUCAGGUUAAUGAGGGAUCGGCUGCCUUUAGCGUCUUCGCUAGGGAGGUUGCAUGUGCAUGGCCCAUCUAAGUGCUUUUGUUGCUCCGCCUCGCAUUCUGAAUCUUUGGAACAUAUUUUCGCGGAUGGGGACUUAGCUCAGUUUUUGUGGAAUUUUUUUGGGAAUGGUGCAGGCGUAAUAUACCGAGGGAUAGGGGUGCGGUCACGACUGGCUGGGUGGUGGUGUCAACCUAAGCGGAAUUCUCGGCUAGAUUCGAUACAUACCAUGUUGCCAAAUAUAAUCUGUUGGCACAUUUGGCUAGCGCAAAAUCUUGCUUUUUUUGAAGGACAGUGCCUAGGUAAACAGGCCAUUGGGGCUCAUAUCCUGGCAGAUGUUGUAGGGUUGUUUGGUGGAAAGGAUGCAGGGGAGUUUAUUGGACUUGGUUCUUGCAUUAGUGGCGGGGGUGGUGUGCUCAGGGAUUCAUCUGGUGCAGUGUUAUUUGGGUUUUCUAUUCCGUUUGGGGAGCUGACAAGUAUCCAAGCGAAGUUUAAGUCUUUGCUGUUUGGGGUGCAGCAAUGCCUCCUUCGGGGGGUUCUUACGGAUUCAGGUGGAGGUGGAUUCUCUAGUACUAGUCAACAUUUUGUUGCAAAAGGCGAGGUGUCCGUGUGGCGCAUUUAUCGUGAGGCAAAUCAGGUGGCAGAUGCACUAGCUAAGAUGGGGGCGCGGUCAGAGGGUACUGUCCUGUAUACAUCACAGUCAGAUUUACCAAGACUGGCAAGGGGGGCCUUGGGUUUAGAUAGAUCAAAGACUCCUGUUAUUCGGGUUAGAGUUGCUCGUCGUUGA